CAUGGUGACGUUGAAGCGGAAAAGAACCUGGCUUCGUCUUGGAUUGAGCACCUUAAUUGUCUUGUUCGUACCCUACGCGAUGUUGACCUUUCCAUUUAACAGGAGCUCCAUCGAAACAAUCAGAGUGAAUUUAAACAGCGUUUUCCAUGGAAUGGAGAGGAAGAAUACUCAGGAUACCAAACAAAUUCUGGAAGCAGAAAAGAAAUGGAUUGAUGAGUUCAUGUCAACCCACCGGGAGAUUAACAGACUGAGGCGCGAGUUGAUACUUCAGAAGUGUGCCAAAUAUCCAGAACUGAAUGGAAGUACUCCUAUUUCCGACAACACAUUUCAUCAUAUUUACGUCAGUGACAAGUAUAAGCUGUUAUACUGCUUCAUCCCAAAGGUUGGUUGCAGCAACUGGAAGAGAGUGAUGAUGAUUCUUAACGGAAGCAACAAAAGCAUGAGCGAGAUGGAUUCUGGUGAGGUUCAUGAACACAACAACAUGACGCGCCUCGGGAGUUUCCCGCCCGAUGCGCGACAACAUCGGCUGAACACGUACACGACGUUCAUGUACGUCCGCAAUCCGUUCGUGCGCGUACUCUCUGCCUACAAUAAUAAAUUCGCCAACAUAGCUCAGUAUCGAAGUAGCAAGUACUUUCAAGAUAUGGCGAGGAGGAUCAUGAAGAAGAUGAGACCUAAAGCAACAAUUAGAGAGCAGAGAACAGGCGAAAAUAUUACUUGGAUAGAGUUUGUAGAUUAUUUGACGCAGCCUACACGGCCAUUCUUCGACGACCAUUGGGAAGAAAUGUUCAAAAUCUGUUCACCGUGUAAGAUAAAAUACGAUUAUAUCGGCCAUUUAGAAACCAUCGCACAAGAUGCAAAGUUUAUGAUAAAAGAUUUGCAGUUGGAUUCCUUGGUUGAGUAUCCAUCCAAGGAAAAUAGCCAUCCGACAAAUAGCAGUACCUUAUUUGAACAAGGUUUCCUUAACCUACCCAAACAAACAAUACAGAAAUUAUGGAAGAUUUACAAAAAAGAUUUCGAAAUAUUUGACUAUCCCAAGCCAGAUUUCAUAACAGAUUUUUGACAAGUUUUAAUUAGAAGUAAACGAUAACUUAACGAAAUGCGUAGAAAAUGAUGAGGCGAAUGUUUUCAUUUUUUCCUUUUUUUUAAUUAUAUCUAACAACAGUCGCUAUUCUUUUAAACACCACUACCCUUGCCAAAAUAAAUAUGUAUAAAAUAGAUAUUGGAGGGCAUGACAAUAUCAGAUUAGGGUUGGCAGAUAUAACCUAUUUGGGGGAAAUUCUUUUAAUUUCAAAUAAAUAGACUUGCCAUUUUGGCUGCUGAACAGAAAUUAAAGUAAUUUUGUUUCAGAUUAUAUACGUCCGAUAUUAGUUACGAGCGAUUUUUCAAAAUGGCCGCCGGAUCCCCCUGACCCCAUCAGUGUUUUUAGUGACAUAUGUAAGUGAUCAUCUUCCGUUAUCAGGCCCAUUUGAUGGUAUUUCUUUCUUCGUGAUUUUGUGAGGAAAAGUUGUAAAUUUUAAUAUUAGUUUUGAUACAUUUUGUUGUGCAAGGUAUUUCUAUUUCCUUUAUACUUCAUAUUUCCUUUCUCAUGUUUCUCUUAACCUCUUAGAGGCAAUUUGCGAAUUUGCGGUAUAUAAAAUUGUUAUUAUUAUAAUAUUUCUUUUGAUAACUUCAAUAUCAUAUUAUAAUGACAAACCUGCUGAUAUACUCAAUACACUAAAAGAAGCUUUGAUGUCUCAUCGUUACAUAACUUCUUUAUAAAUCUUUCUCUCAAUUUGAUUAGUUCAAGUAUACAGCGUUCAUUUGAAACAAAGAACAUCCAUUUUAGGUAUAUUUUUUUAGUCUUUACAAUGACUGCUUCCCCAUAAGAACCUAUUCCAAAGAAACGGAAUAGAAAACCAUGGAUGACUAGGUAACUUAGAAGCUUAUUUUAAAAAAAGAAUAACCCAUAUAAGAAAUAUAUCGAAAAUCCAACACAUUUAAAUGAAGCAAAAUAUUAAAAAAAGAUAUAGAAAGAUUAAUGAUAGGAUGUCAGUCAAUGAUUCAAUUGAAAAUAGUUCGAAAACCAAUCAUUUGUUGUUUAGUACGUGCAAGCAUAAGAUAGAUAACUUGAAAUUAUACUAUAAUAACUUUGCAAUUCCCUAACUUCACAGUGUAAAAUUCUUACGUAUUUAUUUGGACGACAAUUUAUCUUAGAACUUUCAUAUUAAACAGGUUAGUAAUACAAUUACCCAAAAGAUUGGGUUGAUAGCAAAACUUAAAGUUUUGUCUAUUUCAGUUCUUAAAAUCAACCAUUAACUAUGGUUUGAUUGUACGGGGAUUCACAACUAAAAGAUUAUACAGAAAAUGUUUAUUUUACGACCAUUCCGUCUGAUUACACAUUUCCAUUACCUCUCUGGAAAUGCACCUCCUUUCCAGCGAAAUAAUAUCAAACCGAUUCAGAAUUUCAUAUCUUUACAGACCUGUUUAUUUAUGUACCAAUGCCGCAACCAUAAUGUUACCAUUCUACCUUUAUUAUGUUACCUAAGUUUCUUCAAAAUAACUUUAAAAUGAAUUAUUUGUACCACUCAUAUCAAACUAGAAAUGUGAACGGUUACCACCCUCCUUUAUGAUAGCUUUAACUAGACGAUAUUUUUUAACACUCUUUUGGAAGUUUGAACUCAUUACCUAAUUCUGUUAAUUAAUCUUAAUCUCUAAAUCAGUUUAAACGUGCAUGUCUCCGAAACAAAACACUUCUAAACACGGUUUUCCUUUUAAUGUGAUGAUUUGUUUUCACCCCCCCCCCCCCUCUAUCUCUUGGACUUAUUUGUAAUUAUGAUAAUACUGUUAUUGUUCAUUUUACAUGUAUCAAUGAGAUUUAUUGUUAUUACAAUGAGGACAAUUUAUGCAAGCAGUUGUGCUUUCUUUGACCCCCUCCACAUUUGAUAUUUCUAAUAAUGUCAAUGAUUUGCGUAUAUGUAUAUUUUCAAUUGUGAAAAUAUUAGUCUUGUACUUUGUCCUAAAAAAAACGAGUAACAUGGACUUAUUUUUAUUGUUUGUAACUUCCCUUUGUUUUGUUUUGAAUAAAGGUGAUAUUUAAAAAAAUUAAUAUAAUAAUGAGCGUUAUACAAGGCUUAUUGGUUUGAAAAAAGGAAGAAAGGAAUUAUUACUUGAUAUGUUACUUAAAACAAAAAAAGGCCACAAUAAGAAUUAUUUGGUAGUGUGCUCUUUUACAGAAAACAGUAAUGUUAAAACUACGGUUACGCUUCAUAAUUUCGAAGAUUCAUUACUCCGAAGGUUCGUUACUCCGAAGGUUCGUUACUCCGAAGGUUCGUUACUCCGAA